AAAAUGAGAGUUUGAGAUUACGUCCCUUAGUUGAUCUUCUUACUGAAAACUGAGAAGUGUUAUAAGUGACAUAUCGCGGGAAAUUUUAAACCAUAUUCAUUGUGUUUGCAGAACUGAUCUUGCCAGAUGCAAAAUAACCGAAAACGCCCCCGACAAAAUGUCAGCUCAGAACCCCAGACUGGUCAAACAGGAUUUCGACCCGGACCGUCAGGAGCGGCUGGAUACUCUGGUUUGAUGCCGGUUGGUGGUUUUGUCGGAAACAAUCAGCAAAGAGCAAAUUUGCCAACAUCUGGGCGAGGAGCAGCCACGUUCAACAGAUCGGCCUCGAGCUCAUACAAUAAUGCUCGGAGCUACCCGCCACAAGGACAAAAUUAUAAAAGGACCGAUCCAAAUACCAAUGCCCUAUCUUCAUCUGCACAGUACCAACAAGUUGUACGUAAGAAUACCGUUCAAAACAGGAAUAUUCCGACUGGAACAGGGAGAGCCGCCCCUCUACCGCACAUUUCUGUGUCCUCAAAUAAUCAUACAUCAACGUGUUAUCCAGCCAACCAAAAUGGUCCUUAUACUGGGCACAGUAACGCUAGUAUAUAUGGGGGAGGUGUAGGAAUGAAUCGGAACAACUGGGGAUGUGACCAACAGCCGCCGCCGUAUAACAACACUAACUUGAUGGGGAACAGCUCACGGGUUGCUUCCUAUGGCCGCAACAACUCUUUUAACCAGGGAACCAACUCUUACAUGCCAAGAAACGAAACAAAUGCUAUGUAUCAACAACCCCCCAUUCAGCAAACAUAUCCAAAUCAACAAACACAUCCGAAUCAGCAACAACAAUACAUGCCAUGGUCUAACCAAGAAAUGCAACCGUACAAUGUCUAUCAACAAGGGAAUUUAGGUUUCAUUCAAAAUCAGGCACAAGAAAUUUCUGAUGAAUGGAAUAACAGUUUCACGGAGCAGACACCAGCGCCUGUACAGACUGCAAACAAAGUGAAUAAAAAUGUAGCUAAGAAGAACACUGACCAGAAAACAGCGUUAAUGGAGCUGAAGAAAAGUCUUCAUUUCCUUACGGUAGACGUUGCAGAGAUGAAACAUUGGAACAAAUUCAAAGAUUCAGUUCAAAUCAUUUUCGAACUCUUUGGACAGCUCGACUCAGCGACGACAAAAGGCAGUAUGGAAUGUAAAGAAUUUCUAAUUAGGGACGAGAAAAAGAAUGAUGUCACUUGCGUUUUCUAUGAAAUAGAUCGUCAGCUGCCGAAGAUUACCAGGGGACAGUGGUACAGGUAUGUAUAGGCAUGGACAUGUACAACAUGACUGGCUAUAGAAUGUCGUUUUAGAUAUUCAACAGCUAUAUAUCAAAAUAUACAUA